AUGGCCGACAAGCGGCGGUCCUCGCCCGGCACCACCAUGAGCCUAAAGGCUCACGCCUUCUCCGUGGAGGCGCUCAUCGGGGCCGAGAAACAGCAGCAACAGCAGCAGCCGCCGCCGCUGCCGCGGCAGCCCAAGCGGCGGAAGCUGGGCGCCGAGGACGAGGCGGCAGAGGACGAAGGCGGCAGCGGGUGCUGUGCCAAGAGCUCCGCUGCUGCCGCCGCCGCCGUCGGCAGGACCUGCGGCGACAUGGAGCUGGGCUGCGCCGCCCGCGCCCCCGCCGGCGGCUGCGAGGAAGGGUUCCUGGCGGGCUCCCCUCCCGCGUCCCCCGGCGGCUCCCCCAAGGGUUCGAGGCCCAGCUCACCGCUGCCCACGCCGCAGGCGCCGCGAGUGGACCUGCAGGGAGCCGAGCUCUGGAAGCGCUUCCACGAGAUCGGCACCGAGAUGAUCAUCACCAAGGCAGGAAGGCGGAUGUUUCCCGCAAUGAGAGUGAAGAUCUCAGGUUUAGACCCACAUCAGCAGUAUUAUAUUGCUAUGGAUAUUGUGCCAGUGGAUAACAAAAGAUACAGGUACGUUUAUCAUAGCUCCAAGUGGAUGGUGGCUGGUAAUGCUGACUCCCCCGUACCGCCUCGUGUUUAUAUUCACCCUGAUUCACCUGCCUCUGGGGAGACGUGGAUGAGACAAGUGAUCAGCUUUGACAAACUGAAGCUUACCAAUAAUGAGCUGGACGAUCAAGGGCAUAUUAUCCUUCACUCUAUGCAUAAAUAUCAGCCGCGUGUCCACGUCAUCCGAAAAGACUGUGGAGAUGAUCUGUCCCCCAUCAAGCCUAUCCCUGCAGGAGAAGGAGUGAAAGCUUUCUCCUUUCCAGAGACAGUUUUCACUACUGUCACAGCGUAUCAAAAUCAACAGAUAACUCGUCUGAAGAUCGACAGAAAUCCAUUUGCCAAAGGGUUUAGAGAUUCAGGACGUAACAGAAUGGGUCUGGAAGCUCUGGUAGAGUCUUAUGCCUUCUGGAGACCUUCUCUGAGGACACUUACCUUUGAAGAUAUACCUGGGAUACCCAAACAAGGAAAUGCAGGUUCCUCUACUUUACUCCAGGGAUCUGGCAGUGGAGUGCCAUCCACCCACCCUCACCUUUUGCCGGGCUCCCCUUGCUCCUCUCCAGCCUUCCACCUCAGUCCCAACACCAGCCAGCUCUGUAGCCUUGCUCCAGCUGACUACACAGCUUGUGCCCGCUCAGGCUUGACCCUGAACAGAUACAGCACUUCUCUGGCCGAAACCUACAACAGGCUCACAAACCAGACCAGCGAGACGUUCGCACCCCCCAGGACUCCCUCCUAUGUUGGUGUGUCAAGCAGCACAACUGUGAAUAUGUCCAUGAGCGGCAGCGAUGGGGAUGCAUUCAGCUGCCCGCAGACUGGCUUGUCGAUGCAGAUUUCAGGGAUGUCUCCACAGCUCCAGUACAUCAUGCCAUCCCCAUCCAGCAAUGCCUUUACCACUAAUCAAACCCACCAAGGCUCCUACAACACGUUUAGACUGCACAGUCCCUGUGCUCUCUAUGGAUAUAACUUUUCCACCUCCCCCAAACUGGCUGCCAGUCCUGAGAAAAUCGUUUCUUCCCAAGGAAGUUUCUUGGGGUCCUCGCCAAGCGGAACCAUGACGGAUCGGCAGAUGUUGCCCCCUGUGGAAGGAGUGCACUUACUUAGCAGUGGGGGGCAGCAGAAUUUCUUUGACUCCAGGACCCUAGGAAGCUUAACACUCUCCUCUUCUCAAGUGUCUGCACAUAUGGUUUGA